UCUCUCUCUCUCUCUCUCUCUCUCUGUGUGUGUGUGUGUGUGUGUGUGUGUGUGUGUGUGUGUAUUAUUGCAGAAUAUUUUAUUUCACUACCAAUAAAAUUAAUGCAUCAGUUUGGCUGCUUUUAAGGUGCUAAACAGUGAUCAAAAUGGAAGUGCUUAUUUUUAAGCCGUAAAGGUAAAGGACCCCAUGACAGUUAAGUCCAGUCAAAGGUGACUGGGGUUGUGGCGCUGAUCUCACUUUCAGGCCGAGGGAGCCAACAUUUGUCCACAGACAGCUUUCUGGGGUCAUGUGGCCAGCAUAACUAAACUGCUACUGGCGCAACAGAACACCGUGACGGAAACCAGAGUGCACGGAAACGCCAUUUACCUUCCUGCCGCAGCGGUACCUAUUUAUCUACUUGCACUGGCAUGCUUUAAAACUGUGAGGUUGGCAGAAGCUGGGACAGAGCAAUGGGAGCUCACCUGCAAAAGGUUAAUUAAUAUAUGUCAUUAAAACAACUCUGCAUGUAUGCAAACGUGAUAUGAAGGCUGGCAACAUUAACCCUGCCCUUGCAGGUGACUGCAGUGCCUUGAGACAAUCAAGUUGUGUAUCCACAGCAGUGACCAGAGGAGGAACGACCGCUGGGAGGAUUGCAGAAAGAGAAACGCCAUGGUAUGCCUGCAUCAGCAAUAGCCAGACGCCUUCACCUGCCUCAGCUGCAACAAAGCAUGUCUCUCCAACAGUUUGACUUCACCCCCGAAGGCACACUCUUCCAUUGCCUCCCGAGACAGGCGGAUGCCAACAGCAACAACACAUGAAAAUGUUAAACAAAAACUCAACCUAAAGCCAACCUAAACACCUUAAAGAAAGUGAAACAGAAAUUCGAAAGUUUCAAACAUGUACUGUAAUAUAUAGGGUCCAAUCUUAUGGGCCAGGGAAAGCCUGAACAGAAAGAUAAGCCUUCUUCACAGGCGGUCUGAAGAAACUGCUGUUUCACUUUGAGUUACCUAACAUUUUCCCGUAACUGAUUAGGUUAUCUCUCCCUUGCCUGCACUUGAAUACCCUUGCAGAACACCAUGGAGACAUUUGCAACCUGUCUCAACCUCCACUGCUGACCAGCCUUUGCGCUCCAGAGAUGUUCUGAAAAAGAGGUAAAACUAUGAACUAAGUCCUCUGCCACAAAGUCCGGAGAGGACAGGAGAGAGUGUGCGCAGCUGAAGUGAGAAGAUAAACUACCCUAUCAUCAAACAACUGUUUAUCAAGGAUAUUGAGGAGCAAGAUAAAUUCAUUUGCAGAAAAACUUUCAUUGUUGACUGAGAUUAUCCAGACUAUAUUGAAAAAUACAGACAUGAACGUAGAUAUAGCAAUCAAGAUAUAUGAGAGGUUUAUGGAGGUUUUCAGUGAUGGUGGAAUGAAGGAAGCAACUUCUGAGGUGAAAGAGGAGAUGGAGGAGAUGGAAAACACUGAGCUUGACAUUGCCAUCACUGGAGAGACGGGCUCUGGGAAAUCAUCCCUCAUCAAUGCUCUCCGAGGCAAGAAGGCAGAAGAUGAUGGUGCUGCCCCUGUAGGAGUGACAGAAACUACACUGAAUCCAAAGGUUUAUACGCAUUCUAACGACCCCAAAGUGAAAUUCUGGAACCUGCCAGGAAUUGGAUCCCCAGAUUUCUCCCCAGAGAGUUACCUUAAGAUGGUGGAUUUCCCCAGCUAUGACUUCUUUAUCAUUGUUGGCUCAGAGAAAUUCCGAUCCAACCACACUGACCUAGCUCAGGCAAUCCAGGAGAUGGAGAAGAAGUGUUAUUUUGUGCGCUCCAAAGUAGAUGCAGAUCUAGACAACAUGGAAAGGACUUACCCAAAUACCUUCAAUGAAGAGGAAGUCCUUGAGAAGAUGAGGAAUGACUUAAAGAAGCAGCUUAAGAAGUGCUUCAGGAGCACCAUCCCUCAAGUCUUUCUGAUCUCCUCCUGGGACCUUGCCAAGUAUGACUUCCCCCGACUGGUGGAGACGUUGGAGAAAGAUCUGCCCAGCCUAAAGAGACAUGCAUUCCCGCUCAGCCUUCCCAUGUUUUCCCCUGAAGUCACGGAAAAGAAGAAAUCUGUGCUGAAGAGCCACAUAUGGAAAAUAUCCCUGGCGUCUGCUGGCAUCAAUGCUAUUCCCAUUCCAGCCCUUCCUGUGGCUUGUGAUGUUGCCCUCUUGCUUGGGUCCAUGGUUGCCUUCUGCAAGAGAUUUGAGCUGGAUGAUGACUCCCUGGCUAGGCGGGCCAAAUUGGCCAGGAAGCCUGUUGAGAAAUUGAAGGCCGUGAUGAAGUCUCCUCGGAUGGAAGAAAUUACCAGGGAUCUCAUUAUAAAGAAAAUAACCGAUUCUGCAAGAACAUUAAUCCCGCAUUAACUAGUUAGAAGCUUGGUAGCAGCAGGGGUGUCUUUUACCAGCACUUAUUGGAUGCUGUUGAGCUUCAUCAAUAAUCUAGCUGAGGAUGCUGAAAGGGUUCGAAAGAAAGCCCUAGAACCAGAGCACUAGGCAGAGCACCCAGGUAGACAUGAUGCAACUCAAGGUGAAGUAGGAACUGCUGCUGCUCUGAUGACAAAAAUGUUCCCACUUUGGCACCCUUUUUCAUACCCAUUUUGGCCAGUUCUUAUAGCUGAUAUGCCUACGGCAAUACAACACAAUCAAGCUUUUAAAAGUAGAAAUAAAAAGCAACUUUCAAUUUUGUAAAGUCCUUUGGAGACAAGCGUGCCAGGCAGGUACACCACUGCUCUUAUGAAUUGAAUUGGUCAUCCCACCCUUAGAGAUUCAUUAAACAUGUCGUGUCCACAAUGAAUGCUAUUUUUAACUGAUACUUUUAAAAUAUACUCAUAUGUAAAACUAGACACAUUUGUCAUAUUGAUGUAACAUCCUAUCGAAACCUCUCUAUGUAACUUCUACCCAGGUAUGCCUUUAAAAAAGAGAAUUGUUUGAUUUUGAUGUAGUUUUAUUAGAUGUUGCUAUAAUUAUUUCAUUAGAUGAUAGUAGGCAAUAAUCGAAAUUAAUGUAGAAGUUGAAGUGUAGGUGUUUUGGGCAUAUAGUUUUUUUCUUUCAUGAAGUUUUCUGUGAACUGCCCUGAGACCUCUGGGUAUAUGGCGGUAUAUAAAUUCAAUUAAUAAUAAUAAUAAUAAUAAAGUUGCAGAUUUUGUGGAAUGCAGUCUUGCUUUUCUUCAAUAAUUCAGAAAGCGUAGGGGGAAAAACCACCUCCUUCAAAGGAGAAUUUGGGAAUAAAUAUCCCUUCCUUGGAGCAUCUCUCUCUCUCAUUUGGCCUAUGUAAUAUUUUGCUUCCUGCCCAAUUCUAGCCUUGCUGAUUCAGGCAAUUAUGAUUUGCUUAAGGUUUAGUCAAGGUUUCCCAGCCUUAACAAUAUUUCAGAUUUGUACUGCUAACAUAUUAUACUGUGUUUAUGUUAUUAACCUCAUUUAUCUUAUUUUCUGUAG